UGCUAAUGUAUUAUUAAUUGACUAUUAUUAUUCAUAAUUCGUAAAUUCUUUCUUCAUUUGGUACCUAUGUCUAAAAAAUUGUACUUUAUUAGGUAUUACUCAUUAUUACUGAUUAGUACAUUAUUUUCGUAAUACGCAAUAUCAUUAUAAAUUAUUUUUUAUUUUUUAUUAAUAUUCAACAUUAUAACAUUAUAAUAAAAAACAUCUCUCGAGUCUAGGGAGUGAGUAUCAAAUUAAAUUUGAUAUUUUAGAAGUUAUCAAGGUUAUAAGUACAAACAGAUAAAAUAAUUUUAAUGGAUCCAUCAGUUUUAACAACAUUGAAAAUUUUAUUAAUUGGUCAAAGUGGAGUUGGAAAAUCAUGUUUGUUAUGCAGAUUUACAGAUGAUACAUUUAAUGAAGACAAUUCAGUCACUAUUGGUGUAGAUUUUAAAAUGAAAAAAAUAACUGUUGAUAAUAAUAAUAUUAAAUUAGCCUUAUGGGACACAGCUGGACAAGAAAGGUUUCGUACACUCACUCCAAAUUAUUACCGUGAUGGUCAAGGUGCUGUACUUGUUUAUGAUGUUUCAAACCGGGAUUCAUUUACAUGCUUAGAAACAUGGAUUAAUGAACUAAAUAGAUAUUCUACGAAAACCAAUAUCAUUAAAAUGGUCGUUGGUAACAAAAUUGAUCAGGAAAGACAAGUCACUCGAGAAGAAGGAAUUGCUUUUGCUCGUCGUCAUCAAACAUUAUUUAUUGAAACUAGUGCUAAGACAAAAGAAGGAGUUUAUAUGGCUUUUGAAGAAUUAGUUAGAAAAAUAAUAAAUACACCAAGCUUAUGGGAAAAGCCUGAAGAUGCCAAUGUUGUUCGGUGUAAUGAUGAUCAUUCAGUAUCGGAGGAAAAAUAUUGUUAUUGUUAACUAUUUAAUCAUUUAAAUAUUUAUGGAAGGUUAUAUUAUUUUAAUGUAAAGUAGUCUAAUACUUUGUAAAUAUAUGGUAAAUUAUUUAUAGCAUAGAUGAAUGCUACGGAUGAAUCAGUAUACAUAUUAAUGUAAUUACAACAUAUUUUGUUAUAUUAUAUUAUUGCACUAAAUAAUUUUUAAGAUUACUUUUUUGUUUGUAAACACUUAUAAAAUAAUUAAAUUAUUAUGGAUUACUAAUUUAUUAAAAACAUAUUAUUUUAUGCCAUUUAUA